AUGUCUGAGCGUAAAGUCUUGACCAAGUACUACCCUCCGGACUUUGAUCCGUCGGCGAUUACACGAACGAAGAAGGUCCCCGGUGUGAAACAGAAACUCUUGACUGUUCGUUUGAUGGCGCCAUUCUCAAUGCGCUGCACGAGCUGUGGUGAAUAUAUUUAUAAAGGCCGAAAAUUCAACGCUCGAAAAGAAACGACAGAAGAGAAAUAUCUUUCCAUCACGAUAUACCGAUUUUAUAUCCGCUGCACGAGAUGUUCUGGCGAAAUCACAUUCAAAACCGACCCAAAAAACAUGGACUACGUCUGCGAACGCGGCGCAAAACGAAACUUUGAGCCCUGGCGCAACGCCCAAGCCGACAACCUCAACGAAACCGAAGAAGAGACAUUAGACCGCUUAGAGCGCGAAGAGAACGAGGAACUCGAGCAACUCGAGCGCGAUAAGAUGGCGGAACUAGAAGAAAAGAUGCUCGAUUCCAAACGUGAAAUGGCCGUUGCCGAUGCGCUUGAUGAGAUUCGCACAAGAAAUGCACGAAUUGAAAGAGGGGAAGCGCUCGGGGAAGAUGUCGCUUUGUCAUAUGUCAAGGAUGAUGCUGAAGAGGCGAGGUUGCAGGCUGAGAAGGAAGAUGCGGAGAUUGCGCGUCGAGUGUUUAUGACUUCGACGGGAGAGAAGGUUAAACGAAUCGUUGAGGAUGAGGAGACAGUAGCGAAGACAGAAGAGACUCCUGUUCCGGCAGCAACAUUUACGAAAGCCAGGAAGCCGAAGAAGCCUUUUAAUGCAGGCUUGGGUAUUAAGAAGAAGCCGUCAUUAGUAUAG